AUGUUAGAUGGAACCUCUACACAAAUGUUAUCAUAUGAAAUCCGAAAUUUUAAAGUCUAUUUUAAUGAUGAAAAUCUUCCUGAUGCUAAUUGGUCAAAUUUUAAAGAUCUAGGUCAUGGUUAUGGUAAAGAUGAUAAUCAUGUUUUCUACAUGGGUCAAAUUAUGAAAAAUGCUCAUCCAUUUUCUUUUCAAGUAGCUGAUAAUACCUACGCGAAGGAUUAUCAAUAUGUCUUUCAACAUGGACGAAUCGUAGCAAAUCUUCAACCUUAUAAUUCUCAAUCGCCUAUUAAUUGUAAUAGUGGAACCAUAAGUAAGCAAUCCACGAAUUCUAGUGGCAUGAGUCGAAUAUCUACUCAUAAAACCUCAUAUGAAAUACAAGAUUUUAAAGUCUAUUUUAAUGAUCAAUAUGUAUCUGACGCAAGAUGGAUAGAUUUUACAGAUUUAGGGCAAGGCUAUGGUAAAGAUAGUCAUCAUGUAUUUUUUAUGGGACAUUUUAUUGCACAUGCUCAUUCAUUUUCAUUCGAAGUGCUCAAUAAAGGUUAUGCAAAAGACAGAAAUAAUGUCUUCCUAAAUGGACAAAUUAUUGAAGGAUUGAAACCAAUUGGUUUUGGUAAUAUAUAA